CCUCCGUCGGAAAUGGGGAACGUACAGUCGGAGCCGUCCGCGGGCGGGGGCUCCCGAAAGGAGCAGGCCUCAGACCGUGCCUCUGAUUCCCGCCGGACGUCCCUGGUGGAGCCCGAGGUGACCCCUUCCUCCCCAGCCAUGCGCCUGGCUCGAGGGCUGGGCGUCUGGUUCCCGGGCACCUCCGCGCCCCCGGUGCUCCUCGUACCCCCCGAGCCCCAGGCCUCACCCUCGCCCCUGCCCCUGACCUUAGAACUGCCCUCGCCAGUGACGCCCCCUCCCGAGGAGGCAGUUGCGGCCACGGUCACCACACCACCCCCGCCCCCCGUGGGGACCCUGUUGCCCGCGCCGUCUAAGUGGCGAAAACCCACGGGUACCGCGGUUUCCCGGAUCCGCGGCCUGCUGGAGGCGAGCCAUCGCGGCCAAGGCGACCCUCCGAACCUCCGCCCGCUGCCUCCGCUGCCCCGGCAACUAACGGAAAAGGACCCAGUCCCGAGGGCCUCAGCCCCACCUCCGACGCCCCUGGAGCCUCGGAAGCCCCCGCCGCCGCCUCCGCCGCCCACACCACCGCCGCCGCUGUCGCCGCUGCCGCCGCCUCCGCAGCAGCUGCCGAGCCGCAGGAUCGCUCCAGCUCUGGCCGCACCCGCCACCAGCGCCCCCGAAAGCCCGGCCCGGCCCUGCCCCGCAGCCCCGACGGCCGGCGGAGCGCGCGCAGGGGCGGCUCCCCCAGGGGGAGACGACAUGGCCCGGUCGGCGGCUUCCGAACCAGGCCUGAGCCUGCUGUGUAAAGUCACCUUCAAGUCGGGCCCCACCCUGUCCCCCGCGGCACCCCCGGGGCCUCUGGCCACCAAACCCUCCCUCGGGGCCGGCGGGGCGGGCGGCCUCUUCGCCGCCUCGUAUGCCGAGGUCCUGAAGCAGGGGCCCCUGGCCCCCGGAGCCCCCCGCCCCCCCGGGGAGCCGCCGCGAGGGGCUCAGGAAGCCGAGGGCGGCGAUGGAGACUGCGAAGGGUGCCCUGGUCCCCCUUCAGUGCCUACGUCCCAGGCCCGGGCCCCACAGCCGCCCCCCUACACCACCUUCCCGGGCUCCAAACCCAAAUUCGACUGGGUGAGCCCCCCAGACGGCCCUGAGCGGCACUUCCGCUUCAACGGGGCCGGCGGAGGCAUCGGGGUGUCCCGACGGCGCGCGGCCGCGCUCUCGGGGCCCUGGGGCUCCCCUCCGCCCCCGCCGGGGCAGGUGCACCCGGCCUCGGGACCCCGGAGGCCCGCACCUGCCCUGCUGGCCCCGCCCAUGUUCAUCUUUCCGACGCCCACCAAUGGUGAGCCCGCGCGCCCGGGGCCUCCCGGCCCGCAGCAAAUGCCGCCGCCGCCGCUGCCACCGCCGCCACCGCCGCCUCCGCCCCCCACGCCGCCGGCCACGCCGCCGCCCGCGCCGCCGCCGCCCACCCCGCAGCCCGAGCAGCACCAGCCCGCGCCGCGGCCGCCGGUCCGCCCGCCCACCCCGGGCCCCGGCUACGAGGAGGCGGCCCGGGUUCCAGCCCCUGCUCUGUCCCCCGCCUUGGCUGUGGACCAAGCCGCGGCCCUUGCCCUGGCCUUGGCCCCGGCCCCGGCCCCAGCUCCGACUCCAGCUCUCGCAGCCACCGAGCCGUCGGCGCCCGCGCCCGCCAAGGUUCGAACGCGCCGGAACAAGGGCUCCCGCGCUUCCCGCGCGGCCCGCGAAGACGGCACACCUGGAGACCGGGCCUCCGCCACGGACGGGAGCAGCGGCGGCUCUUCGGGGGCAGGCACCAAGGGCGCUGCACACCACUGGCCGCCCUUCCAGGUGCUCAACUCUUGUCCCUGCAAGUGUUACUGCCGCCACCAGCCCCGCCAUCGCCGCCUGCCACGCAACGUGUCUGCAUGGCUGAGGACACCCACCAACCACCUGAGUGAGCCACCUUGGGUCGCCACCAUCAAGCUGGCUGGCUCACUGGUAGCUGGGUUGGAGCACUACGACUUACAGACCACCCAUUCCAACUGAGCGUGGUCUCAACGCCCCUGCUUGCCCCUCGAUGCUAAUAAAGUAACUCCAGCCUC